AUGCGGUCUUCGUUCGCUGUUGUGGCUUCGCUCCUCUCCGUGGCCAACCUGGCCUGGGCUGCUCCCUUUGCCGAAAAGGUGGACAAGCGUUCCAUGGUCGAGAAGGAUGGCGUGCGCUACAACGUCUUCGAGCACGCUGCCACCGGCGCGAAGCUGGAGUUUGUCAACAACAGCGGCAUCUGCGAGACCACUCCCGGCGUCAACCAGUACUCCGGCUACCUCUCGGUUGGCACCAACAUGAACAUGUGGUUCUGGCUGUUUGAGGCGAGAGAAAACCCCUCCACUGCCCCGCUUGCCGCUUGGUUCAACGGCGGCCCUGGAUGCUCCAGCAUGAUUGGCCUCUUCCAGGAGAACGGUCCCUGCCACUUCGUCGACGGCGCCACCGAGCCCUCGUUGAACGAGUACAGCUGGAACUCGUACGCCAACAUGAUCUACAUUGAUCAGCCCAUCGGCGUUGGCUUCUCGUACGGGACAGACGAUGUCACUUCCACCGAGACUGCUGCUCCGUACGUGUGGAAGCUCAUCCAGGCCUUCUAUGACGCUUUCCCCCAGUACGAAAGCAGGGACUUCGGCAUCUUCACCGAAUCCUAUGGCGGUCAUUAUGGCCCCGAGUUCGCCAGCUACAUCCAGGAGCAGAACAAGGGCAUUGACAGCGGCAGUGUCGACGGCCAAAACAUCAACCUGAUUGCCCUUGGCGUCAACAACGGCUGGAUCGACGCCGAGCUGCAGGAGAAGGCCUACAUCGACUACAGCGUCAACAACAGCUACAAGCAGAUCAUCAGCGCUUCCGAAGCCACUUCGUACUACAACACCUACACGAAGACCUGCCUGCCCGCCAUCCAGAGCUGCGAGAGCACAGGCACCAACACGGCCUGCGUCAACGCCGACAACAAAUGCUACAACGGCAUUGAGGGCCCGCUGACCGAGGAGGCCGACUUCAACGUCUACGACGUCCGCAUCGGCGCCAGCGUCACCGACCCGCCCGAGACCUACGCCGACUACCUCGCCCGGUCUGACGUCGUCAAGGCCAUCGGCGCGCGCUCCACCUACGCCGAGUGCCCCAACGCCGCGUACAACAAGUUCUCCUCGACCGGCGACAACCCGCGCUCCUUCCUGCCCGAGCUCAGCUCCGUCGUGCAGUCGGGAAUCAGCACCGUCGUUUGGGCCGGUGACGCCGACUGGAUCUGCAACUGGAUGGGUAACUACGACGUCGCCCAGGUCGUCGAGUUUGACGGCCAGGCCGAGUUCCGCGCCGCCGCGCUUAAGCCAUACACGGUCGGUGGCGCCGAGGGCGGUACUUUCAAGACGGUCGACAACUUCUCGUUCCUGCGCGUCUUCGAGGCAGGACACGAGGUGCCAUACUACCAGCCCGAGCUUGCGCUCCAGGUUUUCAAGCAGACGAUGCAGAAGAAGCCUCUUUCGUCAACUUGA